AUGGGGGUCAGCGACGGGAAGCUGCGCUACGUCCAAGUGUCCAACAGAGACGACAGGUCCAGCGUGAUCCUUUCCUUCUCGCUGGAUGACGAGACCUACAGCUGGGCGCUGGAUCAUUCAGCUCAAAUUACAGAUCGGCGCGACCGCUGCCAUGUUCAGAUUGCUGCCAUAAAUCCAUUCAAAGCCAACCUUGUGUACCUCCAGCAUGGUGGCACUGUCAUUGCCAUGGACCUGGCUAACAAAAAGGAGAUCUGGAGGAGUUCCCUUCCACAAGAAAUCUUCUUUGAAAAUUUGCUCCGCGGUAGUUCUCUUGUUCCGUGCGCGCUCCCAACAUGGCUUGCCACAAGCCAGAUCCCCUCUUCUGCAGGAACCAUUUCAACAAGCAACAAGGCCGAUUGCAAAAAGAAGACUUUGGCAGACAUGCCGGUUCGCGUAGACAGCUAA